CGCGAUCGCAAAUUCGACACGAUAUUGGCGACGCUAUCCUCGACGAUGUGCGCAGAUUACUAUUCACGGAAGUAUCGAGCGGAAUUCUCUCUUUAAUUCCGUUCAACUUGUAUCCGAUGUGCGUGCGACAAGAGAGUGAACGCACGCAAAUAGUACGCAUUCAUGGCCGCUCGUGGCGCUGCUUCGGAAAUUCCUUUCAUUCCUACCAACGGAGUCAAGUUCACGAUUCUUUCGAAACGAAAUUUCACGAUUCGCCGAUUAAUUUAUUGAUAUUUCUUUAACGUCAGUAAAAAAACAAUGUUUUUGUUUGUAUGUAUAUAUAUUUUUUUUAAUACAUAAAUUGCAUCGUGAGUUCGUCGAGUCUCAUUAAAGACAUUAUUUGACUCCGAAAUAAUUUCGCGCAUCGCAGGUCUUUCAACUGCACUUUCUACACUUUCUCUUUAAUCGUCCUUCAAGGUUAUCAGCUCAUAGCGUGAGAACCAUUGUUUUAAGGAACUAUUAAAAAGUCAUUUAUCUGCUGUCAAAGAUACAGCCGUUUCACUUUAAAAUAAUUUUGAUUUUCUUAGUGUGCAAUUUAUACUGAAAAGUGAGAGUAUCAAAGAUGAGCGUUACAUUGCAUACGGACGUCGGUGAUAUUAAAAUAGAAUUAUUUUGCGAGAUGUGCCCGAAAACAUGUGAGAAUUUUCUUGCACUCUGCGCUAAUGGAUAUUAUGACAAUUGCUUGUUCCAUCGGAACAUAAAAGGCUUCAUUGUCCAAACUGGAGAUCCUACCAAUACAGGUAAAGGUGGAACCUCUAUAUGGAAUCGUAAAUUUGAAGACGAAUUCAAAGAGGAGCUGAAGCAUAAUACGAGAGGUCUUAUCUCUAUGGCUAACAAUGGUCCUAAUACAAAUGGGAGUCAAUUUUUCAUAACUUACGCACCGCAGUCACAUUUGGACUUAAAAUAUACUUUAUUUGGAAAAGUGAUUGAUGGUUUGGAGACUUUGGAACAAUUGGAAAAAUUACCAGUAAAUCCUAAGAAUUUCAAACCACUUGCAGAAAUCAGGAUAAACAAUAUAACCAUACAUGCUAACCCAUUAGCGGGAUAAAUUUAUGUUUUAAAUUCACAAAAAAUAAUGCUGCCAAAAAGUAUUUUUAUAUUGUAUAUAUACCUAAUAUUCUCUUAUUAUGUGGAUCGAAUGGACUUUUAAGAUACAUUCUUGCAGGAUACCUUUUUCUCAUCGCUUCAAUCU